AUGCAAACCUUUUUCGCAAUUAUUUUACUUCUCGUCAUUAAUGUAGCUGGUCAAGGCCAUAUGACUUCACCUCUAAUCCGUAUUCCGCAGGGCGAUGUAGAAAAUAAUCUAUCCAUUACCCGCUCUCCAACUUCUUCAUAUCCUUGCGGAUCAGGUCAGAAUAUUGGCCAUGUUUUAACGCACUACACUUCUGGGCAAUCUAUCAACAUCAAAUGGGAGAUUGGAGCCGCUCAUGAAGGUGAAUGUUUCGUUGACCUUUCAACGACGGGCCGUGACACUGAUUUCAAAACCAUUGGAUCUAUUCCAAAUUGUGCGGAUAAAAUCGGAGAAAAUCAAACAAAUAUUCAAUUACCAACUGAUGUUACUUGCGAUCAUUGCACAUUACGUUUCAAAUGGUUAGCUAAAUUAUCAGGUGAAACCUAUUUAAAUUGUGCCGACGUAUCUAUUUCAGAUCCUCAAAAAGGACUUAAUAUUCAAAAAACGAAUCGCAAACGUUCUUGCCGAAGUUGUAUAGCUAGAGGUGGUUCAGCCAAAUAA